AUGAGCUAUGUGCAGACCAUUGGAUGGGAUGAUUACUUUGUUCCCCCGUCCUUACAGUUGUUUUCGGAUGGAUGUUACUUCAUAUUCAACUGUGGAGAAAACUCGCAAAGGUUAAGCAUAUGCAUAAACAAAUUUAUCUACAGGUUCCGGCUAUCUAACAAGCUGGGAUUAGCUAAGAUUCGGUACAUAUUUCUGACGAACUUAAGUGCGCACUCGUUCAAUGGGCUUCCCAGUUUCAUACUGUCCCUGGAUGGCUGUAAUACUUCUCACGUUACGAUUUUUGGGCCGACUCCCAUAAAGAAAGUAUUAGAUGAGCUGCUGAACACGUUUCAUGAGCUCAAAAUUGAGGUUACCGUUCACGAGAUUGAAGGAACAGAGAAGCUUCAACUGGUGAAAUCGCACUCUGUAACAAUCUCAGGACUAUUCUACCACUCGAAAUCAAACUCUAACUUUACUGUUCAUCCUAUCCAUGCCAACAAUGUUGGAUACCUAGUGGAGUUUGACGACGUGCCGGGCAUAUUUAAUCCUGAGCUUGCAAAGGAGUAUGGAGUGCUCAAGGGUCCAGAUUUUGGAAGGCUAAAAAGGGGCUUUGACGUUACUCUCCCAGACGGAUCUGUAUUAAAGUCCAAUCAAGUCUGCGAGGACCCGACUCCUGGAAACCAAAUAUUAAUUUUGGACCAUAAAGAGGACUUGAGUUUAAUGGCCCACGUUGACUACUCGGAUUGUUUAAGCAAAGAGUUGGAUGAGAUCCAGUCUGAUCCCUCGGAUACCAUAGAACUCGAUUUUAGUUUGGAGGGCCCUAAAUUGACAUUUCUGGGCACCGGCUGUUCAGUUCCGUCUGUGUAUCGCAACGUUUCUGCCAUCUUAGUGCAAGUUUAUGAAAACCACUCUAUACUUUUGGACUCUGGUGAAGGGACUGUGCUACAGAUACUUUACACCUGUACCGAUUUUGAUGAGUUUGUGAGAAAAAUACUGUCAAUAAAGAUCGUGUUCAUAUCGCAUAGUCAUGCCGACCAUCACCUGGGCCUGUAUUACAUUUUAGCACUUCAGAAAAAAUUUAAAAAGGAUCGAUCAGAGUCAACAUUGGUAAUAUGUUCGGAUGUAGUUCUGACAUGGCUCGAAACGUACAACGACAACAUAUGUAAACUAGACUAUAAGUUUAUGAUUCUAACUGAGGACACUGAGACUGUGAUCCCACUUGAUAAAAGCCAAAUUAGAUUAGUGCUCUUCAAAGUGGACCACAUCUUCGACUCAUUUGGAAUCAGGCUCAGCCACGAGGAGGUUGGGUCCAUAGUUUACUCUGGAGACACAAGGCCUUGCGAAAACCUUAUGGCGCACUCGGAGAACGCCGAUAUCUUAAUUCACGAAGCUACGUUUACUGACGACUACUCUGAGAACGCGAUAAAGACGUUGCAUACUACCAUUUCUGAGGCGGUGGAUAUAGGUUGGCCACUUAGGAUAAACGUCACGUUUAGGCGCCAAGUGCGGUGUCCGGAGCCUGUUUGUCACACACUUCAGCCAGAGAUUCCAAACCGUUAG